ACACUGCUCCUCCUUUAAUAGUGGGCCUAAAAUCUUUUUGAGCCACGUCUUUAGAUACUGCCACGUGGGGCAUACGAAUUUUUUUAGAUUUCCCGCGUUGAGGGUAAAUUCGAACUAGGUUCGGAUCUUGUCAUUUCCCCCGAGGUUCGGGUUCCUCCGAACCUAAGGCUCCGCCAUCUUGUCUUUAAUUCACACGAUUCCCGCACUUAAAACACGCGCCACACGCACUAAUCUCCGCCCUUGGUUUCAUCUCUCCACUGCUGAACGCCGUUGAUAAUUUGAACGAAGAACUCAAACACUGUUGAAUUAAUAACUAAUAAAUUAUCUCUCUCUCUCUCUCUCUCUCUCUCUCUCAUCUUUCUCUCUCUAGUAUAUACUGUGAAUACAUUCUGGUAAAAGUGAUGUAACUGGAUUUUGUGAUUGCAGAAAAUCUGUCGACAUCUACGAAUGUGUUCAUAAAGACGCUGUCAAUUUGGGGAUAAUCAUGCCGGCAUCGGCGGAGAGACGGGUGGUCCCGCCGGCGGCGGCGCGGGAAGUGGAUCCGUUGCUGAAGGAUCUGAACGAGAAGAAACAGAAUUUCCGGCGGAACGUGGUGUCUAUAGCGGCGGAGCUCAAGGAGGUGCGCGGCCGCCUCGCCUCUCAGGAGCAGUGCUUUGCCGAAGAAACCCUAACCAGACAGGAAGCAGAAACCAAAGCGAAGACGAUGGAGGAAGAGAUGAGAAGAUUGCAGAAGAAUUUAGAGGAGAGAAACUUUCAGCUUCAGACUUCAACAUCUGCCGUUGAGAUGUAUGUCAAAGAAUUGGAUGAUUUGAGAUUGCAGCUCAACGCAACGAAAGCAACUGCAGAGGCGAGUGCACUAUCCGCACAAUCUGCACAGUUACAAUGUUCGUCACUCGUGAAAGAAUUGGAAGAGAAAAAUUACUCUUUGAAAGAGCACGAGAUUCGCGUAAAGAAACUCGGCGAACAAUUAGACCUUCUGCAUAACGAUCUUCAAGCGAGAGAAUAUUCCCAAACGCAGCUCAAAGACGAAGUCUCUCGAAUUGAGCACGAGAUAAUGCAAACAUUAGCAAAAGCUGGAUCGAAUAAUAAAGACAGCGAGCUUAUGAAAAUACUCGAUGAGGUUUCACCGAGAAAUUUCGAUAAAAUUAAUAAGCUUUUGAUGGUAAAAGACGAAGAAAUAGCCAAGCUGAGAGACGAAAUCAGAAUUAUGUCUGCACAUUGGAAGCUUAAGACAAAAGAGCUCGAAUACCAGUUAGAGAAACAGGGUAGAGCAGAUGAAGAUUUAAGAAAGAAAGUUCUCAAGUUAGAGUUCUGUCUCCAAGAAGCACGUUGUCAAAAUCGCAAGCUCCAAAGAAUGGGAGAGCGGAGAGAAAAAGCUCUAAAGGAAUUAAGAGACCAAUUGGCGGCCAAAAAAACUGGUGUACCGACGAUCAGCGAAAACCCGAAUUUCUGGGAGAGCCCGAGUUUCAAGAUUGUUGUUUCAAUGUCAAUGUUCAUCUUGGUAGUUUUCUCGAAACGGUAACGUUAUUCAAUCCAAUCAUCUAUUGGUCUUGUAUAUUAAUUAUUAGGUAGUAACAAAAUGUGUAUUUUUAGGCUCGAGUCGGGCAAUUGAGGAUAGAUUAUGUAGCAUGUAUUCUAUUAAAUGAUUUGCGAUUAUCUA